AUGAAGCUCCUAUCUGUCUUCUCUACAACCUUUUUGGUCGCCAUUGUGGCAGCCACGCCACUUACUGGCGACGCUUCCCUCGAGCGUACUCACGAUGUUGCCAAACGACAGACCAGGCUAGAGAUUGUUGUAUAUUGUGUCAUGUCCAAAAUUCCUGGGAUCCCACCUAUAGGGAACCUUGUUGCAAGAGGUGUGGAUGUGACACAACAAACUGGGAAACACCAGGACAAGGUGACCAGUGAAGACCUAUCACCUUCCAUGGUAAUGAUCGGUGAAUAUAUGCCUUGGUCUUCUGUCUUGGUGCCAUGA